UGCCCGAGAGACGUUAGGCCCCCUCUCCCUUUGCGCCUUCCUCGGGCUCUCUUCGCUCCUCCUCCCGACCCGCCCACCCCGUCUGGGUCGGAGGAGGAUGAGGGGGACUGAGAGCGCUGGGCAGGAGCCGGGGCGUGUGAGCUCGGCCCUGCGCACCGCUGAUUGCAAGAUCGUCGGGGACGAAUGCCUGCGCUUAGUACUCCCGUGCUGCGCACCGUGUGAGGCGUGGUGGCUCUGCUGGGAAUAGUCUUGAAGCUUCGUCUCCUCUGUCUGUGUGGUGUGAGAAAUCCGGUGUCAUCGGAGACCCGUGCCUACUUUUUAAAGUGAAUUAUACUUUAAUGUAUUACAGGUUGUGUACUACGGAUGGAAACUGUUAGAGUUUAUAAUGUCAAAAACUUUUCUUAGACCAAAGGUAUCUUCCAUGAAGGUGACAGACUGGGUAGAUCCAUCAUUCGAUGAUUUUUCAGAGACUACGCCCUUCUCUGCUAUUCCUGCCACAUCUUUAGGUGUGAAUAACUCAAGUCACAGAAGGAAACAUGUGCCUUCCACAUUGGAAAGCAGCCGAGCCCCAGCUAGGAAAAGAGGAAAGCGAUCUUCCUUAGAACAGAUUUAUGGUCCAGAAAAUUUCAAGGAGUAUUUGUCUGAAAAUGAACCAUGGGUAGAUAAAUAUAAACCAGAAACUCAGCAUGAACUUGCUGUGCAUAAAAAGAAAAUUGAAGAAGUUGAGAACUGGUUAAAAACUGAAGUCUUGGAAAGGCAACCGAAACAGGGUGGAUCUAUUUUGUUAAUAACAGGUCCUCCUGGAUGUGGAAAGACUACUACUGUAAAAAUACUAUCAAAAGAACAUGGUAUACAAGUACAAGAGUGGAUUAAUCCUGUUUUACCAGACUUCCAAAAAGAUGAUUUCAAGGAGAUACUUAAUUUUGAAUCAAGUUUCCAUACAUUUCCAUAUCAGUCUCAGAUAGUAGUGUUCAAAGAAUUUUUACUAAGAGCAACAAAGUAUAACAAACUACAAAUGCUUGGAGAAGAUCUGAGAACUGAUAAGAAGAUAAUUCUGGUUGAAGAUUUACCCAACCAGUUUUACCGAGAUGCUCAUAGUUUACAUGAAGUUCUAAGGAAGUAUGUGCAGACUGGCCGAUGUCCUCUUAUAUUUAUAAUUUCUGACAGUGUCAAUGGAGAUAAUAAUCAUAGGUUACUAUUUCCCAAAGAAAUUCAAGAAGAAUGUUCUAUCUCAAACAUUAGUUUCAACCCUGUGGCACCAACAAUUAUGAUGAAAUUUCUUAACCGAAUAGUGACUGUGGAAGCUAAUCAAAAUGGAGGAAAAAUUGUUGUCCCUGAUAAAACUUCUCUAGAGUUGCUCUGUCAAGGAUGUUCCGGUGAUAUCAGAAGUGCAAUAAACAGCCUCCAGUUUUCUUCUUCAAAAGGAGAGAGCAGCUUAUGGCCGAGAAAAAAAGGAGUGUCCUUAAAGUCAGAUGCUGCGCUGUCAAAAUCAAAGCGGAGGAAAAAACCUGAUAAGGUUUUCGAAAAUCAAGAAUUCCAAGCUGUUGGUGGCAAAGAUGUUUCUCUCUUUCUCUUCAGAGCUUUGGGGAAAGUUCUGUAUUGUAAAAGAGCACCUUCAACAGAAUUAGACUCUCCUCAGUUGCCUUCCCAUUUAUCAGAGUAUGAACGAGAUACAUUACUUGUUCAACCUGAGGAAGUAGUAGAAAUGUCACACAUGCCAGGAGAGUUAUUUAAUUUAUAUCUUCACCAAAACUACAUAGAUUUCUUCGUGGAAGUAGAUGAUCUUGUGAGAGCCAGUGAAUUUCUCAGUUUUGCAGAUAUCCUCAGUGGUGACUGGAAUACACGCUCUUCACUCAGGGAAUACAGCACAUCUGUUGCUACACGAGGUGUGAUCCAUUCCAACAGAGCCCGGGGGUUCGCUCACUGCCAAGCAGGGGGAUCAAGCUUUCGACCGUUGCACAAACCCCAGUGGUUUCUAAUACAUAAGAAGUAUCGGGAAAAUUGCCUAGCAGCAAAAGCACUUUUUUCUGACUUCUGCCUACCUGCUUUGUGCCUUCAGACUCAGCUGUUGCCGUAUCUUGCACUCCUAACCAUCCCAAUGAGAAAUCAAGCUCAGAUUUCUUUUAUCCAAGAUAUUGGAAGACUUCCUUUGAAGCGACACUUUGGAAGGUGGAAGAUGGAGGCCCUGGCUGACAGGGAGCUGGCGCCCAUGGACCCUGACAGCGGAGAUGAGGCCCUGCCCAACGGAGCACUGCCUGCCGGGCUUGGGGAUGCACAGAGGGAGCCGCCCCCGGCCCUCCCCCAGGAAACAUGGUCUCCGCCCCUGAGUCAGAGCAAUGAGAGCGAGCUCCCGGCCAGCCAGCCCCAGCCUUUCGCCUCGCAGCUAGACUUGGAGGAUGACAGCGACGUGAUCAUAGAAGAGUACGACAGUGACGCGACAUAGGAGCCUCUUGCCGGACUGACUGCGCCUCCAGAUUCCUUGGAGUUUUCUGCCGUGGGAUUUGAACCGCCCCUGCUCUGGUGGAUUACUAGCGGUUGUUAGCUCUUCCUCAGGAGCUCCUGGUUCUUCUGCUGUCCUGGAGUACAUGGAAGAUCAGUCCUCCACGCACGCUGAGCUCUUUCUGUAGUAUUUAUUUAGUCCUGCGACUGGGUUAGGGAGAGGUGUUGUGUUUAUGCCAAACAUCAGAAAAUGUGAAGGAAGACCGUGGAACACAAAAGUGAUACAGAGUGUUGUAAAUAUGAAUGUGAAUAAACCUUGUGCCUUAUUUAGUUUGUCUCAGUCUUCUCAGAUACCUGUUUUUAUACGAUGUACAGUGCACUAUUUUAGAUACUUUCUGGAAAGAAUGUAAUCGCCAGGCAUGGUGGUGCACGCCUGCCAUCCCAGCACUCGGGAGGCUGAGGCAGGAGGGUCACUGUGAGUUCAAGGCCAGCCUGGGAUACAUAGUGAGACCUUGUCUCCAAACAGAAAAAAGUUUGUAAUCAUAAUUUAUAUCAAGAUUAAAGUGUUGGAUUUCA